AUGGGUCAACUGCUCCAGUGUGCGGUGGGCCACUCGGGUUCAAGACAUCUUUACAGCUGGGAAGCUCCUGGCCCUGGCGCUGAUCAUCAUCAUGGGAAUUGUACAGAUAUGCAAAGGAACCUUCCCAGAGCCAUCUUCAUCUCCAUCCCACUGGUCACAUUUGUGUAUGUCUUUGCCAAUGUCGCGUAUGUCACUGCAAUGUCCCCUCAGGAGCUGCUGGCAUCAAACGCAGUCGCUGUGACUUUUGGAGAGAAGCUUUUGGGUGUCAUGGCCUGGAUCAUGCCCAUCUCUGUGGCCCUGUCCACUUUUGGAGGAGUUAAUGGCUCUCUCUUCACCUCCUCCCGGUUGUUCUUUGCUGGAGCCAGAGAAGGCCACCUUCCCAGCGUGUUGGCCAUGAUCCACGUGAAGCGCUGCACCCCAAUCCCAGCUCUGCUCUUCACAUGUCUCUCCACUCUACUAAUGCUGGUCACCAGUGACAUGUACACACUUAUCAACUACGUGGGUUUCAUCAACUACCUCUUCUAUGGGGUCACAGUUGCUGGACAGAUUGUCCUUCGCUGGAAGAAACCUGACAUUCCCCGCCCUAUCAAGGUCAGCCUGCUGUUUCCCAUCAUCUACCUGCUGUUCUGGGCCUUCCUGCUGAUCUUCAGCCUGUGGUCUGAGCCAGUGGUGUGUGGCAUUGGCCUGGCCAUCAUGCUGACAGGGGUGCCAGUCUAUUUCCUGGGUGUCUAUUGGCAACACAAGCCCAAGUGUUUCAAUGGUUUUAUUGAGUUGCUAACCCUGGUGAGCCAGAAGCUGUGUGUGGUCGUCUAUCCCCAGAUGGAGGGGGACUCGGGGCUAGAUGGGACAAGUGAGGACAUGGAGGAGGACCAGCAGCAACAGCAACCCAUGUACCAACCCACUCCCACCAAGGACCAGGACUCCAUGGAGCAUCCCCAGCCCUGAGAACCGCCAUGCUCUCACUUGCUCACCUGGCUACUCCUCCUUUAUCCUCCUUUUCUGCCCUGUUUCCUUGCCUGGGUAUCCAACACACACACACACACACCAUGCGCACACACACACACCACGCGCACACACCACCUCUACUUCUCUACCAGGCAGGAACAGGUCUUAGGUGUGAGUGGUGAAAAAUAAUAGACUGACAUUUGUACCCAAAGAACCAGCCUCUCACCCGAGGGCACAUGUCCGAGACCCCAUACAAGGGCUGCCCAUACUCCAAAUGUUAAAGGAGAGUGGAGAUGCCAAGGGUGCCCUUGAGGGCUCUGCCUCCUGGGCCCACAGCCUCAGGUUCCUCUUAUACCUGAAUUCACUACUGCCUUCCCUCCCCAUUCCUGAGCCCCAGGAAAGCCUGUGUUCUGAGACAAGUGGCCACAGUGAGUUGGUUGGUGAAGACAGACACAGAUGAAGAUCAGCUUGGAGAGACCUAAACCCCUGUCUGUUCACCAGAGACCCAAAAGUCAGAGGGGCUGCUUCCUUCUACUCUCUAUUUCCCACCACUCCUCUUCCUAUCCAACCUGGCCUUCCUGUCCCAGAAAGAUUCCUUUCAGGAUCCCUCCACCCCACUGACCUGUGGACCAAGAGCAGGAAGACUGUCCCCUCCCUCAGCUCUAAGCUAGAACACCUGGGGAAAGGCUCAGAUUGCAGGAACCCAGCACUGCCUCUGCCUCCUCCUGCAUUCUGCUCUGAACAUGGUGCCAAUGCUCUCUGAAGCCAGAAAGACUUUUUAUUCGCAGUAUAGAAGAUGACUCUCUCCAAAAGACCAAACCUCUCAGAUGCUCCUCCCUGUCCCCUAAGGAAUACAACACAGCUGCACCAAGCCAGUACUGCUGGUUCCCCUUACCAUGCCCUCCACGUCCUCUGGGCCUUGGCUCAGGGACCAGGUGUGAAGGAUCCGCAAGCCCUUCAGGCCUGAAACCAAAUAGGAGCCAAACAGCUUUGAGUCACUUCCCAUUCAAGAACUGGGCCUAAAAUUAUCUGACUUAUUUCUACCCCUCAGGAGGGACUGGUGUUAAAAUACCUUCCCUGGGAGGAAGGGCUAUUUCCCACUCCCCACAGCUGCCCAUUCCACAAGCUGGGGGGACUGGGUAGAGAACAUGUUUUGUAAAAGUCAGUUCCUUGCUGGAUGGGCACUGGUGGCUCAUGGCUUUGAUCCUAACUACUCUGGAGGCUGAGAUAUGAGGAUCAUGGUUCAA